UGUGUCUCCGCUGUUCUUGGUUCCCACAUCUUGAGUCAAGGUGGAUUUUCCACAGAAACAUACAGCAACGUUAUCCCACCUGGCUGAUGGCUGGAAUCUUGUUGCACUGUUGUAUCGCUAAGUCUUGCAUUUGACGCUCCACUCGACUCUCUUCUUGCAGAAUUGUUGCCGUCCUUGUGCUACCUGUUCCGCGGACUGUGAUCCAGCGUCGAGUAUCGAUACCAGACAUCUCUACCGACCACCAGCACCUUCUUUUCCACCUUCUACACAGUUGAUUUGGUCAACACUCAUUCAGUAUUGACACUGGCUUCUCCUAAACACCCUUCCUGAGCCCCCCUCGGUGCCGCCCAUCAUGUUUGGCAUCUCCAAAGCUCUCGUCUUUGGCACGCUUCUCCUGGGGGCACUGAGCUCCCCCACUCACAGACAAGAAGACGAUCACUCGUUGGUGAAUUGGGAAGUCUUUCAGCAGCUCCUCGACACCAUCGAGCCCGCAGCUCUACAUUCAGUCCUCCACUCACUGUCACCCAAAUUCCAAGAUGGUGUCUUCAGCAAAGAUCGUUCGGCGAUCGAGCACGUCCAUUCUGAGAACCCCAUCAUGGCCAGCAAGCUAGUGCACAUUGCGAAAAAGAGACAGGACUCCAACUCUACCAUAACUACCUCAUCUACAACAACCACAAUCACCACCUCGGAUCCUCCUCCAACUACGACCGAGGAGCCUUCGAGUUCGAUCGACCCGAGCAUCUCCUCCGUGCUGUCCGAAGAAAUCCAAGCCUCGACUGUUCCAGGUGCCACCACUGUUAUCGUGGCACCUUCAGCCCCCACGUCCGCCACUGCAGUCGAAACCACUGAAGGUGCCGUUGUGUAUAGCACCAUAGGAGGCGGCCUCAUCACCUUGACCUCCUCCGCGGUUGGGGUGCGCUUCACCCCGAGCACAUCGACUCAUGUGUUUUACGCUACGUUGGGUGACGGCUCACUAUCAACCUCGACCUCGGUCGUGGUCGUAAAUGCGCCCAUCACCGACAGCCCCGAUGCCACAGGGGCUGCCGGGGCCGCGGCGACUGCUGGUGGUGAUCCUGAACUGCAAGACGGGGCCAUGUCGCUGAAAAUCUCUACCCUGACCAUUGUGCUGGUGGCUCUCGGGGCUUGCUUAUUUUUUCAAUAAUGAUGCAUUGAUUUUUCCAUGGUCGAGCUGACAACCUCGACAAGAAUGGGCGGCCUUUUCUCUACCGGGUCGACCCACAGCACAUAACGACGAUACGGCUCAGCAUUUCUCUCUUUAACGACAAUCUGCUGUGGGCAUAGCUUUGGAGUUUUCUGUUAUUUUGUUGGAAUUAACCAACUUGGUCUCCUGAUUACCUGGACGAUGGAAAUGUGAAUCAACAUGUGUACAUGAAAUAACGGGUUGAUUCCAGGUCACGAAUAUAGAUCGAGCUCGCAAUGAGGCCCAGUGUGUUUUGGGGAAACAUGUCAUCAAUAGAUCCUCGGGCACUGAAUAGUGAUGUGAAUGCAUCAAUCUAGUUACACUGUACUUGUUGAUGCAACUUCUUUGUGUGACAGUUGACUUGUGUUGCGUCACUUGAUCCCUCGGUGUAGGAGCAAGGGAUAGUAGAUCACAUGACAAAACAUUCGUC